GCUCUAAUUUCUGCAGCUGGUGGAUAUAGUAUCAGGCUGGUGAAUGGUAAUAAUGGUUGCUCUGGGAGAGUGGAGAUCCUUCAUAAUGGUCAGUGGGGAACAGUGUGUGAUGAUGACUGGGACAUGAAUGAUGCUGCUGUGGUGUGCAGACAAUUGGGAUGUGGAGAAGCUGUUAGUGCAAAGUCCCAGGCUUAUUUUGGCCAGGGAAGUGAUCCGAUCUGGUUGGAUGAUGUGAGAUGUUCAGGAAGUGAAUUAUCCCUCACACAGUGCUCACACAAUACUAUUGGAAGCCAUAACUGUGGUCACGGUGAAGAUGCAGGUGUCGUCUGCUCACAGGACAUAAGAUUGGUCAAUGGGUCUGAUUCCUGCUGCAGUGGAAGAGUGGAGAUCCAUCAUAAUGGUCAGUGGGGAACCGUGUGUGAUGAUAGCUGGGACAUGAAUGAUGCUGCUGUGGUGUGCAGACAGUUACAGUGUGGAUCAGCCAUCAGAGCACCUCAAAGUGCUGCCUUUGGUCAAGGCAGUGGAUCGAUCUGGCUGGAUGAUGUCGGAUGCUCAGGAGGUGAAGGAAAACUCACACAAUGUUCACACAGAGGACUAGGAAAUCACGACUGUAAUCAUGGUGAAGAUGCUGGUGUUGUUUGUUCAGGUGACCUGCAGAAGCCCUCACUUUCCCUGAUCUCCACACUUGCAGCUGUUUCUCCUGGAGAAAACAUUCAGUUCAGAUGCACAACACCUAAAUCAAGAUGCAAUGCUGAUGCUGAAUUCCACCUCUUCAUAAAUGGAUCAUCUAUAUUAUCCUCUCAGAAACAUGUAUCUGGUGUGACUUUCAACCUUGUUAAUGUAGGCGUCUCACAUCAGGGCAGCUACAGCUGUAAUUACUCCUACAAAAACAGGCAUUAUAAAGUCACCUUGGAGUGACACUGUUAAAAUCACUGUGGUGCACUUGCAGCAGCCCAGCAUUCCCCGCAUUGCUCCUGAUGGACAGUUUGAUGUUGGGCCUCAGGGG